AUGGAGGAAAACUCAGGACUAUCAUCAAUGAAGUUCUUCUCCGAUCAACACCUCUCUUACGCUGAUAUUCUUCCUCCUCACGAAGCGCGAGCUAGAAUCGAAGUCUCCGUUCUCAAUCUCCUCCGAGUUUUGAAUUCUCCAGAUCCAGCCAUCUCCGAUCUCUCCCUGAUUAAUAGGAAGAGAAGCAAUAGCUGUAUAAACCAAGGGAUUCUCACAGAUGUUUCAUACAUAUUCCUCUCUGCGUCGUUUACUAAGAGCUCACUGACGAAUGCAAAAACAGCUAAAGCUUUUGUGCGCGUGUGGAAAGUUAUGGAGAUUUGCUUUCAGAUUCUGCUUCAAGAGAAAAGAGUGACACAGAGAGAGCUGUUCUACAAAUUGCUUUGUGAUUCACCGGAUUUGUUUUCAUCUCAGAUUGAAGUUAACAGAGCCGUUCAAGAUGUUGUAGCACUUUUGCGUUGCAGUAGAUACAGUCUUGGGAUUAUGGCUUCAAGCAGAGGCCUUGUUGCUGGAAGAUUGUUUCUACAAGAACCAGAUAAGGAAGUUGUGGAUUGUUCAGCCUGUGGUUCUUCAGGAUUUGCUAUAUCUGGAGACUUGAAUUUGCUAGACAACACCAUCAUGAGAAGCGAUGCUCGUUACAUCAUUGUUGUGGAGAAGCAUGCGAUAUUUCAUAGGCUUGUGGAAGAUCGUGUGUUCAAUCACAUUCCUUGUGUGUUCAUCACUGCAAAAGGGUAUCCGGAUAUUGCCACAAGAUUUUUUCUUCAUCGGAUGAGCACAACUUUUCCUGAUGUACCAAUUCUUGCUCUAGUAGACUGGAAUCCAGCUGGGUUAGCUAUACUAUGCACCUUCAAGUUUGGAAGCAUAGGGAUGGGUCUUGAAGCUUACAGAUAUGCUUGCAAUGUGAAGUGGAUUGGGCUCCGAGGAGAUGAUCUGAAUCUCAUACCAGAAGAGUCUUUGGUUCCCUUAAAGCCAAAGGACUCACAGAUUGCAAAGAGCUUAUUGUCCUCCAAAAUCUUGCAGGAAAAUUACAGAGACGAGUUGUCACUGAUGGUUGAAACUGGCAAGAGAGCCGAAAUUGAAGCUCUGUAUUGCCAUGGCUAUGAUUAUCUGAGGAAAUAUAUAGCCACAAAGAUCGUGCAGGGCAAAUACAUUUAA